AUGGCUAGUUUUUCUACAGAAAUGAACACUACUCACAAAAUUAGAUCACUAAGUUUACCUUCCAAGCUGAAUCCAAUCAACCACAGAAUCGAACAAGAGUUAAAAAGGCUCAGAUCCAAAGAGGAAGCAUCAACAUCAGCCUCGGAAAGAAUUAUCAUUGGUGUAUCGGGGCUAGAGAAGUUGUAUGGCUAUAUCAACCAAGCCCUGAGUCUUCCAAUGACACAACAAGCACUCUCAAUUCGGCAACAUGAGAAACAUGUUGCCGAAUUGUUCAAGGGAUGCUCGAGCCUUGUUAAUGUUUGCAGCUUAAUCAAGGAAGUUGUAUCACAACAAGUCAAAAUCAUUAAAAGUCUUGAAUCUUCACUUUCAGAAAAUGAAGCAGAUAUCUCGAAAAUGCAGAGCAAUAUUGCUAAUUACAACUCCUUAAGGAAGGAGGUAAUUAGGAAAGCGAAAGAAGUACUCAAGUCAUUGAAUCAACUCAAUGCUGAAGUACUUGGAGAAGAAGAUUGUAAUCGAUCAACAGUGAUAAAAUCACUAAGAUGUGUUAGCAUCAUAAACUUGUCUGUAUUUCAAUCACUUCUGUUAUUCUUGUCAAUACCCGUGUCUAGGCCAAAAAAGUCUAUGGUUUCUAAGCUGAUGAACAAGGGAAAGUGGAAGUAUGAAAGCGAAAAUGAGAUAAAUGAUGUUGAUAAUGUGCUGCAUCAACUGUUUUCAUGGAAAGAUUUAAAUGAUCAGAAAUUGUGUUAUGCACUACCGAAAUCGAAGGUGCUGGUGGGAGUUGUGCAGGGAAUUCAAAAUGAUUUAGAGAAGAUGUUCACACAAUUAACGAAUACAAAAGUGUCACUAAUGAACAUACUCUCAUUCUAG